GCUACAACUGUACGAACUGUAUUGAAGUCCAGAGACCAAAAGUCAAAAUUAGCUAUCAUCGGCCGAUCUUCAACAGCUUCUGGGACGGCAUUACAGUGGUCAGCGGUUUUUCCCCUUCUGGGUUCUCUUCGAUUUUGAAGGAUUCAGUGUUCUUGGAUGAGUUCUAGGGCCGGCCAACUGCCCAACCGCAAGGGUUUGCUGCGUUGAUGCCGGAAAUGGCCGCCAACUGGUGGCCCUGAUGCCUUCUUGCUUUGCUUCUUCUUCGUUGUCCUUUUUCUCGUUCACUUUCUAUCUUCUGCGACUGAUUAUGGUCAAAUAAUACAAAUCUACCCAUAUUUGAACUGGGUUCUCCGAGAAGCCUGCAAACAAACCUGCUCCUGUGGCUGUGGUCUUAAGAAUUGGGAGUGUCUGAGAUGGCGGAUAUCAGUCCUAGGACUGAUACUUCAACUGAUGCGGAUACUGAAGACAAGAACUUGAGGUAUCUAAGGGAUCAAUCUCAAGCCAUGGUGGUCUCUGAUGCCAGUGACAAGUCAAGGGACCAGAAGACGCUUCGAAGGCUUGCUCAAAAUCGUGAAGCUGCAAGGAAGAGCCGGUUAAGGAAAAAAGCUUAUGUUCAACAACUAGAGACCAGCAGAAUGAAGCUUACACAACUUGAACAGGAGCUCCAACGAGCUCGGCAGCAGGGCAUCUUCAUUUCAAGUUCAGGAGAUCAAUCUCAAUCAAUGAGCGGAAAUGGAGCCUUGGCAUUUGAUGUAGAAUAUGCACGGUGGCUUGAAGAGCACAACCGACGAAUCAAUGAGCUGAGAGGAGCUGUCAACUCCCACGCGGGUGAUGGUGAACUUCGCAUCAUCGUGGAUGGUAUUUUGGCUCAUUAUGAAGACAUUUUCAAGAUAAAAGGCACUGCUGCAAAGGCCGAUGUCUUCCAUAUUUUGUCAGGCAUGUGGAAAACACCUGCAGAGAGGUGCUUUUUGUGGCUUGGCGGAUUUCGAUCAUCUGAACUCCUAAAGCUGCUCGUAAAUCAGCUGGAGCCAUUAACCGAGCAGCAGUUACUAAGCAUCACCAACUUGCAGCAAUCAUCGCAACAGGCAGAAGACGCCUUGUCUCAAGGAAUGGAGGCAUUGCAGCAAUCAUUGGCUGAGACAUUAGCCGGAUCUCUUGCCCCUUCAGGUCCGUCAGGGAAUGUAGCAAACUACAUGGGACAAAUGGCAAUGGCAAUGGGAAAGUUAGGAACUCUUGAGGGUUUUAUUCGCCAGGCUGACAAUCUACGGCAACAGACAUUACAACAAUUGCAUCGUAUUCUGACAACCCGCCAAUCUGCUCGUGCCCUACUUGCCAUUAAUGAUUAUUUCUCUCGCCUUCGCGCUCUUAGCUCGCUAUGGCUUGCUCGCCCCCGGGAGUGAGAACUGUUAAGUCUUUUCUGUUGGCCUUGAGGAAGGAUCGGGCUCGCAUUGUGGGUAGGUACCAGCAGCUACUGUCCCAAAAUGAUCUCAAGUUCUUAGUUGUUCUUUAAUUUUAAGCUGUAAGCUUUCUUCAGAGUCUCUCUUCAAUCUUUUGUAAUGUUGUUCUCUCCAGCUUGUAUGAUCUUCAUCAAGGUGUUGUAUUAUUUUAACUUAAGAACAACAUAAACAACACAGGCAGUAUUUUAUGUUGUCUUGUUGUUAUUCUAAUGGACAGGGACAUAGCAGACUCAAUAUAUAUGACUAAUGAAUUAGAUUUUCACAGCAAA